GAUACUACGCUAUGGCUCUCACGUCGCCACCCCUCCACGUCAUCUUGAACAGCAGUCUGCUUUUCUUUUCGCUCGCGCUGUUGGCCAUAUCUCCGGCUGUUCUUUAUCUAACAAUCCAUGGCAUACGUUCGAUGGACCGUGUGUGGCCUCAGGGCUCCUACACAUGGUUUCGCGGGCCGAGCCAUGAUGUAGACACAAAGCACCAGGUCAACCUCAUAUACGAGGGUUCAAGCGAACACAUGAUCAUCGCAGCAGCCGCUGCGAGUGCUCUUGCUGGAGUAGUUGGUGUAGCGGGAUUCUUCUUGGCGGGAAAGAUAGCCAACACCUCCGCCCGGAAACCGACGCUCUUCUUGCAGAUUGUUCCAAGCUCCGUAUCCUUCAUCGUCACUGUUAUUGCAUUCAUCUACACCCAGUCUAUCUUCGACACUGAUAAUAUGAGAAAGUGCGACUGGACCCAAGGCUACAUCCCUGACAUGAACUUUCAGUGCACGCACGAACAAGCAGCUUGUGGGAUUGUUGGCUAUUUCACGAAGGACACGAAGGACAGCUGGGAUACGGCGCGGAAGUGGCGCCAAACUGGAGUCAUCUGCCACGAGACACAGACUGGAAGGUACCUAGUGGCUUCGUUGUUUGUUGCAAGCUUGCUCAUGUUUGGAAUUGCCGUUGGCAAGUUUCUGGUCGAGAAAAGAGAGAUGAAGUUCUCUGUGAGCGCGGACGAGAGGGUUGAGAGGUUGGUGGCACAGGAGCAGUAGAUGCGAAUCCGGCAGGUAGCUAAAACCUUGAGUACCACCAACAAUAACUGUUGAUACAGGGUUCGUCAAGAGUCGCAAAGAGAAGCAGGAAUGAAGGGGUUGAGCGUGCGCUCGAUAGGUCAUGCUGGAACUGUGUAAACCACAAUAACAUUGUAACAACAGUCGUAGGAAAUAAAUAAAUUCAGUAUCUGAUCAUCGAUGUGCUGGGUCUUCCUGUCGUUUUAGAUGAAUCGAGUCGACAUGCUCCAAUUUGCUGCUUCGCGUAUCUGUUUUGGAUUAGUCUAGCUUUGUCACUUCCUUCUCUCUAAGACCCUUUAGGGCUUUCUGCACGACUUGUAGUCGUCCUACUUGAAGAUCCUGCAGGGAUAGAUCUCUCUCUAGUGCGUUUUGAGGAUCUCGUUUGUGAUGGCUCACCGCGGGCAGGAACACCGACUGGACUUCGCCUUGCUGCGCGUGCACAAGACUCAGAGCAGAUGUGUCAUGAUAUGUUCCAAGGGU